UGGUAUAAAUCAGGUAGAAGGUGCAUAUCCGUGUUGCGUAGAAAUUGGUCGCAUGUCUGAAAGUUAGCGGUGAAUUUCGAUGUACGCAGAGAAUACUGAUGUUAAAAUGAAAUUUACAUGUAUGGCUUGCAUGUUUGAAGGGGUUGUGUAUUUCCGUGUGACUUAAAACGUGAAGUGGUGCGAACUGGAAACAUUGACAACUGAGUUCCUCAUGGAAGAAGGUCGCGUGCCACUUUUUGAUAUUGACCCAGUUAUUAUAUUUUUCAGUGCCUUCAUUGUUUAGAAUAGCAAGCUUUCCGUAGCGAGUUAUAUUUAAUUUUUAGGUGCUCCUUUGAAGCUUUUUAUAGCGGACUUUAUUUGAUUUCUCUUAAGAUCUGGUUUGGUGUAAUGAGAUGAAACUUUAAAGCUGAGUCGUGUGUCGACAUUGCCAAGGACCUGAUCAUGUCAAAUAAGAAACAGCAGUCAUACAUCAACAAAGCCACAGAACCUGGGGUUGCCCCACCUCGGUACCAGCCUCCACCACAAGUAUCAAGUGGCCCGGGAAUUCUAAAACACUAUCCAGCUUCUUCACAGUCACACCCUCUACCCUUUGUUUCAGCACCAGUUUUAAAAGAUGGUAAAAGUUACUCUGUUCAAGUUCCCAAUGUAGAUGGAGUAAAACCAUUUCAGCCUGAGAUUGGGAAGUACUAUCCACCACCACCGCCACCGCCAGUGGCGAACGGGGAUUCCAAUAAACUUGUAUAUCCAGGACCUCCCCAGUAUCCUGCUCCCCCAUCCGUAAUUCAGCCUCCUGCACAGCGACGACCUAAUCCCACUGUUGGCCUUCCGCAAAGACUUGGUGACGACGAGUUGUUGAGGUUAGGAUCUGUCGAAAUGUUGAAGUUUGUUCGUAAGGCUGAAAGUGACACUGCAAGAGUUUCGUCGGAACAGGGCCAGGCUGCAAGGGAGGCGGCAAGGCGAAUGCAGAGUUAUGUUAGUGAGAUCAGAAUGUUAAAAGAGGCAAAUCAGCGACUUGGGGAUGAUAAUCAGGAACUAAGGGAUCUCUGCUGCUUCCUGGAUGAUGAUAGGCAGAAAGGACGCAAACUGGCACGAGAGUGGCAGCGAUUUGGGCGGUAUACUGCAAGUGUGAUGCGACAGGAAGUGUCUGCAUAUCAGAACAAACUGCGGGAACUGGACAACAAGCAACAAGAACUCAUAAAGGACAAUCUGGAACUAAAGGAACUGUGCUUGUAUUUGGAUGAAGAGAGGAAUCAGAGUGCUGUAUGUCCCUCAUGCGGUAGUGGCUUGCGACCUGGCACAAGAGACGAUGGUGAUGGUAGUAGUUCCAGUACCAAUGCAGAUGAGCCACCAUUACCUGCACAGUUUGCUGCAGCAAAUCCUCGUCGUACGGAGAGCAGAGAACGUCUGUUAGAGGAGAGCAUUCAGCGUCAGCGUACAGUGUUCAAUGAUCAAGUGAUGCAUUAUGUGCGCAGUUUGGAACAGAGAGUGAAACAGCUCGAAGAGGAAAAAUUGGCAUUGCAGCAAAAGUUGGGCCAAGUACCAGGGCCAAACAGCUCCAGUGGGAACUGGGAAAAUGAUAGCUGUGGUGGUUCACGCCCUGAAGCGGUAGUGCAGGCAUUGCAGGUGCUUGAAGUUCGUGAGCAGCUAGAAAGAGGUCCAGGGGUACAUGACAGUUGUUCUGGUGGCCUGGAGUCUCUGGGAGCAACUGGUCCAGACCUUGAUAUGGUAGCUGCAGAUCUGGAUGCUGGAGAGAAGGCUCUUGUGCGGGAGAUGUGUAACGUUGUGUGGAGGAAGCUGGAGGAGGGGCCAGCUCAGCGGCGGUGAAAGAUAACCUAUGUUGUCUUCGUCGUUAAAAGUUUAAAUUGGACUCAUAACCAGCUGUGCUUAAAGAAUCCAUUUGGAUUGGAUGAAGCUAGUUUACUUUUAGUUUAGUUUAUUUUCUUGGGAUGGGAUGAGUCCACUAGGUACAUUGGCCACUCUUUGGCCCAUUGUACCAGCCCUGGAUGAUUUAUUUUAUUGCUGUUGGGAUGGGACUAAGUCCCUUGUACUGUGG